UAGCUUUGGCAGAAACUCACCAUGACGGGCCUGAGUCUGAGGGAUUUACCAGAUGUUGAUUUUGAAGACAAUGAGAUCAGCAUCAAUGUUGGGGGCUUUAAGAAAAAGAUGAGGUCCAACACAUUGUUGAGAUUCCCAGAAACCAGACUGGGCAAGCUCCUGAGCUGCCAUUCCAAGGAGUCGAUCUUAGAGCUUUGCGAUGAUUACGAUGAUACCAAGAACGAGUUCUACUUUGACAGGAACCCUGAACUUUUCCCAUACGUGCUGCAUUUUUAUAACACUGGAAAGCUUCACGUCAUGGGUGAGCUCUGCGUGUUUUCCUUCAGCCAGGAGAUUGAAUAUUGGGGAAUCAACGAAUUCUUCAUUGACUCCUGCUGCAGUUACAGCUACCAUGGGAGGAAAAUGGAACCCGAUCAAGAGAAAUGGGAAGACCACAGUGACCAGGAAAGCACCAACUCCUCCUUUGAUGAGAUCUUGGCCUUCUAUAACGACGCUGCUAAGUUUGACAAUCAACCUUUCGGGAAAGUCAGGCGGCAGCUGUGGCUAGCUUUAGACAACCCCGGCUACUCCGUCUUGAGCCGAAUAUUUAGUGUCCUUUCCAUCAUGGUUGUUCUGGGGUCCAUCGUCACCAUGUGCUUGAACAGCCUCGCAGACUUUCAGAUUGUUCGCCGCAAUGGGAACUCUGAAGAAGACCCCCGAUUUGAAAUUGUGGAACAUUUUGGUAUCGCGUGGUUCACCUUCGAGCUGGUGGCAAGAUUCGCAGUCGCACCAGACUUCUUGAAGUUUUUUAAGCAUGCACUGAAUCUGAUUGAUCUCAUGUCCAUCCUUCCAUUUUACAUCACUCUAAUUGUCAACUUGGUGGUGGAAAGUAGCCCUGCUUUAGCUAAUUUAGGCAGAGUAGCCCAAGUCCUGAGACUCAUGAGGAUAUUCCGCAUCUUAAAACUUGCUAGACAUUCGACGGGCCUUAGAUCCCUGGGAGCCACUCUCAAAUAUAGCUACAGGGAGGUGGGGCUUCUCUUGCUAUACCUCUCAGUAGGGAUCUCUAUAUUCUCUGUAGUGGCGUACACAAUCGAAAAGGAAGAAAACAGAAGCCUAGAAACGAUCCCUGCUUGCUGGUGGUGGGCUACGGUCAGCAUGACCACAGUCGGCUACGGAGACGUGGUCCCCGUGACCAUGGCCGGCCGGCUGACAGCUUCUGCCUGCAUCCUAGCUGGCAUCCUGGUCGUAGUCCUCCCAAUCACACUCAUCUUCAACAAAUUCUCUCAUUUCUAUAGGCGCCAGAAGCAGCUAGAGAGUGCAAUGCGGAGCUGCGAUUUUGGUGACGGGAUGAAAGUGGUCCCUUCUGUCAAUUUAAGGGAUUACUAUGCCUACAAAGUGAAAUCUCUGAUGGCCAGUCUCACAAACAUGAGCCGGAGCACACCCAGUGAACUAAGUCUAAACGAUUCACUGCACUAGUCUCUGGUUCCAAAACCAGUUUGCAUGAUGGAAAACCGAGCUGCGUUUCAUAUUUUGUUGUUUCUCUCUGCUCUUGUCGAUGCUGCCCUGAGGACAGGGUCCAAUGACUGCCUUUUCCACCACGAGGUAUU